GAGCAGCCGAGCAUGCCUGCUUCUUGUGACUCAUUACUUGAUGACAUUGAAGACAUUGUCUCAGCAACAGACCCUAAGCCACACGAUCGUCAGUCUGCAAGACAGGAUGUUGUUCCCAGGGUCCGUAAAAGAAACAAAAACAGAAUUGAAGAGCAGCCUCCAAGCGACAGCACCAUUCCGGGCACUCAAAAGAUUUGGGUACGCACAUGGGGCUGUUCACAUAACAACUCUGAUGGAGAGUACAUGGCGGGCCAGUUGGCUGCAUAUGGCUACAGUAUAACAGAGAGUCCAGAACAAGCAGACCUGUGGCUAUUAAACAGUUGCACAGUGAAGAGCCCCGCAGAAGACCACUUUAGGAACUCGAUAAAAAAGGCACAGGAUGAAAAUAAAAAAGUUGUUUUGGCUGGAUGUGUCCCUCAGGCUCAACCUCGUCAAGAAUAUCUCAAGGGCCUCAGUAUAAUAGGGGUCCAACAGAUUGAUCGAGUAGUAGAAGUUGUUGAAGAAACAAUUAAAGGUCAUUCAGUGCGACUGCUGGGUCAGAAAAAGGAUAAUGGAAAACGGUUGGGGGGAGCUCGAUUGGAUUUGCCAAAGAUUAGGAAGAACCCACUGAUAGAAAUCAUUUCCAUCAAUACAGGGUGCCUAAAUGCAUGUACCUACUGCAAAACAAAACAUGCACGAGGGGAGCUUGCCAGUUAUUCUAUAGAAGAAUUGGUUGACCGGGCGAAACAGUCUUUUCAAGAGGGUGUUUGCGAGAUUUGGCUGACCAGUGAAGACACAGGAGCUUAUGGUAGAGACAUUGGCACUGACCUUCCAACACUCCUAUGGAAACUGGUUGAAGUUAUUCCUGAGGGCGCAAUGCUAAGACUUGGCAUGACCAACCCCCCCUAUAUUUUAGAACAUCUAGAGGAAAUGGCAAAGAUUUUAAACCAUCCUCGUGUGUACGCGUUUCUGCACAUCCCCAUACAAUCGGCUUCAGACAGUGUGCUUAUGGAUAUGAAGAGAGAAUACUGCAUAGCAGACUUCAAAAGAGUUGUGGAUUUCUUAAAGGAGAGAGUGCCCGGAAUUACAAUUGCUACGGACAUCAUCUGUGGCUUUCCUGGAGAGACGGAUGAAGAUUUUAAGGAGACGUUAAAGCUAGUUGAAGAAUACCGAUUCCCUAGCCUCUUCAUUAAUCAGUUUUACCCGCGCCCAGGGACCCCAGCUGCGAAAAUGGUGCAGGUUCCAGCUCAUGUGAAAAAACAGCGGACAAAAGAGCUGUCCCAACUUUUCCAUUCAUACAAUCCAUAUGACCAUAAGGUGGGUGAAAAGCAGCAAGUUCUAGUUACAGAAGAAUCAUUUGAUCACCAGUACUAUGUUGCCCACAAUCGUUUUUAUGAACAGGUCCUUGUGCCUAAAAACCCAGCCUUCAUGGGGAAGAUGGUUGAAGUAGAUGUAUAUGAAACAGGAAAGCAUUACAUGAAGGCAAAACCUUUGUCAGAGUCAAAGAUGUAUACACCCUCCAUCAACAAGCCUCUAGAGAAAGGAGAGGUUUCUGGCUUAUCUGAGGAGAGCAAGUCAUUGCUGAAAAAUGGUUGUCUUUCAAAACCAAAGUUUUCUGAUGCACGUGACAAGACCUCCCUACAUCUAGCCUGGGGUGACGGUGGAAAACAGAUGAAGAUACUUUACUUUAUUGCUGCAGUGAUAGGAGUUUUUAUUGCAUUUCUAGGAGCAAGAAUCAUUCACAGCGAGGUUGUAGGAAAUUGAAUAUGAUUUUGUUAGACAAACUGCAGGAGAGAGAACUGAAUUAUUUUCAGCAAACCACAAUUGUGUGGCUUUGGGAAGUUUCUGUAUUCUUUGUAUUUUUUUUAAAGUCCAGGUUUUAUCUGUGUAUUAUUUAUACAGAUAGCAAAAUGUGCAAAUUUU